AUGCUGGAUGGUUUUUAUGGUUAUUUCUUUGGCAAUGAGGAUGUUAAUGGCAACAACACAAAAGAGAAUGUUACCGUGCUGACGAAUUCAACCGAAUUGGUUACUUUUACUUUACCAAGUGGAAGUGCGGAAGCGAAGGAUGACGAUUGGAUUUUGCUCGAUGGACAAUUAUCUUCUGGUCGUUCGACACCAGUGAUUGUUCCGGAACCGGACCUAAUAGCAAUCGAUGAUGAACUAUCAACAGUGGUUACUGAAUCUUCGCGAUCAUUGUCACCUGCAUCAACUCUUCCACAUAAUGACAUACUGUCAUCGGAAUUUAUCAGUUGGGAUUUGAGUCGUGGAUCACGUAAUGGAAUAUCAGGAAAACAUGUGGAACGAAUUCGUCAAGCAAAGCAAAAAGCUAUCGAAAGAAAAGAAUUAGAACGAAAGCUUUUCGAAAAUCAUCUUCUGGGAAUAAGUAAUGACGCUGACAAAAAACAUUCAAACAAUAUUAUUAAUAAUAGCACCAGCAAUAAAACAUUGAAUAUGCUAAAUAAUGCUGCUAAAAUGAAAAGAUCCACCGCCGCUGGGCAUUUUGCAACGGAUUCAAAAACGAAACCACGCUCAAAAAAAACCGGUCGUUUGUUGGCCGGCCGUAACAAUGACCGCAAAGUGAAUACUUUGAACUGA